AUGUCCCAGGACUGGCGCCAGCUGGUGAGCGACCUUUUCACCGAGGUGAUCCAGGCGGAGGCGGGCGGCGCGAGCCUGAUCCCGCCCGGCAUCAGCGAGCCGCGCGACCUGGCCACGGUCGUCUUCCGCAGGCUCAUCGGCGACCGGGACCGCGCGCUGACCAAGCAAAGCCUUGCGGAGCAGCGGACCGUGGAGGUGGAGCUUGAGAGGGACGCGCUGCGGGACAACCUGGCGGAGGUGCAGAAGGUGCCGCCGAAGCUCGAGAAGGACCUAGCCAAGGCCCAGGCCCAGGUCGUCGACUACGAGAUGCGGAUCGCCUUCCUGGGGGAGCGCUGGGAGACGCUGACCGGCGAGGUGAACUCCCUGUCCUGCAAGGACCCGCAGGCGCGGGUCAGGGCCCUGGACGGCGAAGUCCUGCGGCAUAAGACCGCCCUCUUCAACGCCGACAUGAAGAUGAAGGUCAUGUCCAGGGACAUGCGCCUGCUGGCGGACACGGCCAGGGAGCGCCAGGAGCGCCUCCAGAGCUGGACCGGCGAGCUCUUGUCGAGCCGGCAGCAGUCCGACGACUCCAGGGUGAGCGAGGUGGGGCUCAAGCAGCAGGUGAAGCAGCUCGGCGCGGACGCCGCGGACGCGCAGGCGAAGCAGGCCGAGGCCGAGGCCGAGGCGAAGACGGCCAGGGAGAAGUUGGCGGGCGUCACGGAGAGGCUCACCGCCGCAAACCGUCGCGUGGGCCUGCUUGAGGACACGAUCCGCGUCAAGAACUCCCAGCUGGCCAAGCUGGACAAGGAACGCCUGGACAGCCUCAACGUCGCCGAUGUGGUGGCGAAGGACAACGCCAGCCUCAAGGACGACUGGACGCAGUCGAAGGGCCUCGUGGCAGAAUUCCAGGGCAAGUACAGCUCGUCCCAGGACGAGCUGGCCAGAAGCGCGCAGAAGCAGGACGAGACGCUGAGCCUCCUGCGGAGCACGGAGAGCCGUCUCGAGCAGAGGGAGGCCGACCUGAAGGCGCUCCGCUCCGAACUCGCGGGCCUCCGCGAGGAGCUCCGCGUCGCGCAGCGAUGCCUCGAGGAGGAGCGGGCGCUGUCGGCCCUUCAGCGCGGCGACCUCGCGAGGCUCGGCGGCGAGCUGGCCGCCGCGCGCGCCGCGGAGGGGAGCGCGAGGAAGGCCGAGGAGCUGUGCCGCGGGCAGCUGCGCUCGGCGCAGGAGGCGCUGGGCAGGGCGCGGAGCGACGCCGAGCAGCUCGGCGUCGACUUCCACCGCGCCCAGGAGAAGCUCGGCAAGGCCCGCGCGGAGGCCGCAGAGGAGGGCCAGCAGGCGCGGAGGCUGGGGCGGGAGCUGCAGGGCUCGCGGGCGCAGCUGGAGGCCGCCAGAGAGCACUCCGCCGAAGACUGCGGCGCAAUGGAGCGGAACGCGACCCACCUGCAGCGCGCGGAGGAGAGGAUCGCCUCGCUGCACUCCGAGGCGUCCAGGCUGGAGGCCGAGCUGCAGGAGGCGCGCGCCCGCGCGCAGAGAGCGGACGAGCGGGCUGAGGAGGAGGCGGGCAACGCGCGCAAGAGCGCCGAGGCGGCUGCCACCGCGAGGGGCGAGGCCGAGCUCCACGCCCAGAGGGCCACUGAGCUGUUGCGUGUGCGGGACGAGAGGCGAACGCAGCUGCACGCGUCGCAGACUGACGCCGCCGCGCUGGGGGGCGUGAGCCGGGCGCUGCAGAGGCGCCUCGAGGAGGCAGAGGAGGAGGCGCGCAGUUCGGUGCGCAGGGCGGAAGCGCUGGCCUCGCAGCUGGAGGCGUCCCGUGCGGAGGCCCGCAGCCUGGGCUCACAGGUCGAGAGGCUCACGGAGGAUUCCUCCCAGGUCAGCCGCCAGCUGAAGGCGUCGAAGGCGGAUGGCAAAGACUUCGCCGUCGCCAAGGCCCCAUCAAGGGUAACGACUAAGCAGCUGCAUGUCUUGGAGCAGGAGGCGGUGCAACUGCGGAGCGCCCACGAGCGGAUGAGCCAGGAUCACCGAGUGGUCGCGCUGCAGGAGAAAUACUCCGCCAGCGAGGCGACCUGCAGAAGAACGGCGUCCGAGCUGAAGGACUCGCGUCGGGCGCUGACUGCCUCGGAGGCCCGCCUGCUGGAGAAGCAGAGGGCCGCCGAGAUGCUGGAGGCAGAGGUCAGGCCGCUGCGAGCCCGCCUGGGCACGCUCGGCAGGAGAACACCCACGAGAUGGCCGGCCGGCUCGACGAGCGUGGGCGGGAGCUGGAGAUGGACAGCGGAGGCCGACCACGCACUCCUGAAGAGCGCAGUGGAGCGCCUGAGCGAGGAGCGGGCGAGUCUGCAGGCCGAGCUGGCCGAGGCACGCUCUUCGGGGGGCCAGCUCGGCGGCGAGCUGGGCGCCCGCGAGAGGGAGCUGAGGAGGGCCCACGAGGAGACCUCGCGGCUGGUGCGCGCCAAGGAGAGCGGCUCGAGCAGGAGAAGCAGGACCAGCUGUCGCAGAGGCAGGCCUCGGAGGCGGCGCAGCGGAAGCUGCAGCGCGAGCUGAAGCAGCUCAAGCUGGCACUGGCGAUGCACGUCCCCGGGCCGGAGCGGGACGGGAGCCCGCGGCCCGCGUCGCAGGGCAUGAACUCCUGCGUGAGCGUGGACUCCGCGGGGGGCAUGGGGAUGCAGAAGGCGUACUCCACGCCGCAGCUGCCGGCCAGGGCUGCGGCCCACCGCCACGGGAAGGACGUGUCCUUCGAGGGCCCGUCGGGGGGCCUCCGCAGGGCGUUCGGGCCUUCGGCCGUGGGCGGCCUGCACGCGCCGCCGAACAUGUGGCCCUCGGGCCUGCAGGUGCCGCUCUGAGGCGGGCGCCUCUCCGCGACCCCACGGCGGCCGGGCCGUCUCCGCCGCCGCUGCCCUUCGCUGCCCCUCGCCCCGCCGCGCACAAGAGGUCGCUCUUGAAGAGCGUCAGUCCUGCGUGCAGCCGACCACUUGGUUCAGCGUCCCCCCCCCGCUGAACAGCGGGCGCCUGGCGGGGCCUUGUCCCUCCCCGGCCUUUUGCCAGGGUUCACCGCGCUUCCGCCGCGAGGCGGGGUCUCCGGAGCAGGUGCCGCGGCGCGCGCCAAACCGACUGUGGCCUUGCGAUGGACCUCACUCUCAGC